CCUCCUGAGACUGUGUUUAGGGAAAAAGGAGGGGAAACAGAGACUCUGGGGCUGCAUCUAAACUAAACUGUAUAAGCCCCCCAAACUAAUCUGGGUGGAACAACCUGCCCUGUGUUUUCUAUGGGUUACAGGGAGGUCUUGACCCGUCCUUGAGGUUUUUAAGGCUGAAUAUGUUAAAGGUUUAGAAGUUGGUGCUUUGUUCAGAUCCGAUGGCUGCUCCUGCCUCUCCCUGGAAGCGGGUGGUAACAGCUGCUCUCUGCCUCUCAGUAUCUUCACAACGAUAAGAAGCUGCUCCAUGGAGAUAUCAAGUCUUCAAACGUGGUCAUUAAAGGUGACUUUGAAGCCAUCAAGAUCUGUGAUGUGGGAGUGUCCCUGCCCCUGGAUGAGAACAUGACCGUGAGCAACCCAGAGGCGUGCUACAUCGGCACCGAGCCCUGGAAGCCCAAGGAGGCUCUGGAGGAUGAUGGCAUCAUCACCGACAAGGCCGACAUCUUCCCUUUUGGGCUGACUCUCUGGGAAAUGAUGACCCUCUCCGUGCCACACUUCAACCUGGGUGAUAACUCCGAUAACGAAGAUGAAUCUUUUGACGAAGACUGCUUUGAUGAGGAAGCAUACUACGCAGCCCUGGGAACCCGCCCAGCCCUCAACAUGGAUGAACUGGAUCAGUCCUACCAGCACAUGAUCGACCUUUUUUCUGUCUGCACGAGUGAGGACCCCACGACACGGCCCUCAGCCGCCGCCAUCGUGGAAACCCUGGAGGCAAGUCUGCCCCAGGAGUAAAAGCAUCUGACUUAGGAGUAGCCUUACUCUGUGGCAUUCAUCCUUCUAGUAUGCAAAACACACUCUGUCUACUUAAAACUGAAGCUUAAACUCGUUAAACACUAACCCCUGCUUUAAGGACAGGCUUUAGCUGACUGCAGCUUAUUCUGCUCCUAGAGCAAUCCCCUCCCACCCCCACUUAGGGCCUAAAGUUAUGUUCAAUAUUUUAGCUUUUAGUUGUUCUGUUACAACUGUUUUAAAACCCUUGCCGCUCUUCGUGUUGAGUUAGUCACAAAACUGUUAUUGAGAUGUUAAAAAUAAAUUUUAAGAGGUGCUUUUCUUAAGGAGUGUGUGUCCCUCCCAGGUAUGUGCAGGUAAAUACUUGUAUGAAGUAUUUGUGCUCCUGGGGUGGGUGAG